CAACAAUGAAGUCAUAUUUAUUAUUAACUGUAUUUCUGUUUUCACUGUUUUAUGCGGACGCAAAGGAGACUACCACUACAACUAGUAGUGUGCCUUUAACUCCACCACCAGGAAUUACUUUGCCACCUGGAGGUAUUACUUGGAUUAAUUGUACAAGACCUAACGAGUUUUACGAUUGUGGUAGCGCCUGUCAAAACACAUGUGCAACAUUAGGAGCUACUUGUCCUAUUAUAAACAUACGAUGUAACGACGAUUGUUAUUGUAUAAAGGGAUAUGCACGAGAUGCAAAAAAUAAGUGCAUACCAAUAGAAGACUGCCCGAAACGUCAUCCUUGCAAAGGUACAUGUAAAAUAUGUUAAAAAGGAAAAAACUUCAUCUAUG